AUGGUAGAGGACCCAGGUUUGGGAGAUGCUGUAGAUGGAGUCACUGCUACAGUGCAACUUCUGGAUGGUACACUCCAGAAACCAUGCACUGAAGGUGGUGGAUGGUCUGUCUAUAAAGUGGCCUGCUUUGUGCUGGUUGGUGUUAAGUUUCUUGUUGCUAAAGGUGCAUAUAUCCAGGAAGCAAAUUGCAAGAAUCACAAAGUGAACCGAGUGGUGAUCCUGGGGAAUACAAAGAGGUUGCUCACCACAGGCGUGUCCAGAUGGAACACCAGGCAGAUUGCCCUCUGGGAUCAGGAAGACUUAUCAAUGCCAAUAAAAGAGGAGGAAAUUGAUGGACUCUCGGGGCUCUUGUUUCCCUUCUAUGAUGUUGAUACUCACAUGCUUUAUUUAGCUGGAAAGGGCGAUGGCAACAUUAGAUAUUAUGAAAUUAGCACGGAGAAGCCAUACCUUCACUAUCUGAUGGAAUAUCGUUCGCCUGCUCCACAGAAAGGGAUGGGUGUGAUGCCAAAACAUGGGCUGGACGUGACCAUCUGUGAAGUGUUCAGGUUUUAUAAGUUGGUUACGCUGAAAGGAGUAAUUGAGCCAAUCUCCAUGAUAGUGCCAAGAAGGUCUGAAACAUACCAAGAGGAUAUCUACCCGAUGACACCUGGGACUGAACCUGCACUCACAGCGGACGAGUGGCUCAGCGGCAUGAACAGAGACCCAAUUCUCAUGUCUUUGAAGGAAGGUUACAAAUCGACAAACGUUGCAUUCAAGGUACCUAAAAAGGACAAGAAAAGUGUCGUUGUUAACGGAAUUGAUCUAUUAGAAAAUGUGCCUCCUCGAACAGAGAAUGAGCUCCUCCGAAUGUUCUUCCGACAGCAAGACGAGAUCCGAAGACUGAAGGAGGAGCUGACACAGAAAGACGUGAAAAUACGGCAACUGGAAUUAGAGCUGAAAAACCUGCGAAACGACCCAAAGAGCACCUGAGCUGGCAUCCACUCCCCCAUCCCUCCUGCAAACCACUGAAAUACUGUAACCUGCAGGCUAUAAGAACCCCAGUAUUAUAGGACCUGUUUAACAAAAAACACACACACAUAGAAUCCUUCCCCACUUUCCCGAAAGACAAGAUAAACUGGAAGUCACACGUCUUUUUUUUUAAAACAAAAAAUUGUUCAGUUAUGUGCACAACUUAAUGCAAGAUCCUAGAUGGUCUAUGCACUGUAUCCCAGCAGGUACCUGGCGAGCUAAUCUCCUGCUCUCAUCAACAACUUUGAGACAUAUUUAAAACAUUUCUGUGCUAGUGAAUUGUUUUACGUUAAAUACUCCAAGGUGCCUCACAGAUAACGUCUUUGUGAGCUUUGCCCAUGCAGCUACUAGGGUUAAAGCUAAGUUUUAAUAUGUGAAUUUAGAACAAGAGCAGGCCAUUCGGUCCAUCAGAUCUACUCCUUGUACAGUCCAUGUAUCACUACCUCAAUCGUGGACUCUCCUCCUCAAUUUAACCAUAGUUGUGUCAGCUGCAUUCCACAAUAUUAACCUCUAACUAGUAUAUCAGGGUAAUGAAAGUACACCUACUAUUGAAGGAACGCCAAAAGCUGAGUCCCACUGGCUUUCAUACUAAGCUAGUCACCGUCUGAAACUCGAGUGUCCCUACAAUGGAAAAAGCGCUGAUGAUAACAGAUUCUCAAAAUCCAGGGUAGCUAUGGCAGCAUUAGAAUGGAAUGUUAUUGCGACAUUGUCUAAGUACUCUAAAAUAUGUCCCCAUGUCUCCUCACUUCAACUCCAGCUAGAGCUGAUCGGAUAGAAGUAUCCCCUGUGUAAUCCCCAGUUAGACCCCCCCCCCUCUGUAAUGCGCAGUCAGGCUCCCCCUCUGUAAUGCGCAGUCAGGCUCCCCCUCUGUAAUCCCCAGUCAGACUCCCCUUCCCCCCCUCUGUAAUCCGCAGUCAGGCUCCCCCUCUAUAAUCUGCAGUCAGGCUCCCCCUCUGUAAUCCGCAGUCAGGCUCCCCCUCUGUAAUCCCCAGUCAGACUCCCCCUCUGUAAUC